CUCCGAUUCAUGAUUAUUUUCCAUUCUAAGUCUAAACAGACUAAACAGACGCCCUCGUUCCCUUUGAAUGGAUAGAAGUCAGAAACACAAGAUUCACCAAAAGAUGUCGGUCGCGGACGAGUCUCCCGUGAAACGUGAUCUAGUAUUGUAUCACAAUCCCUAUACCGGCGUCGAAAUUUACUCCAUGCUUGAGGUCCACCCGGAUAACAAGAAUAAGCGACGUUUGGAGUUUGAGCUCCCUCCCCAUAGGUCAAUUAAGAAGCUCCACCGAAUUGCCUGCAACGCUAGUUGCUCAUCUGUAUCAGAAUGGGCAAGUCUUCCGAAGGACAUUCUCCUUUUGAUGUUGCACAAGUUGUUCGAACCCAUUGACCAUGUUCGCCUGGCUGCUGUUUGCAGCCAUUGGCAUAAAGUCUCCAAAGAGCAUAAUCAUACAACUCAGCGCUGGUGCAACCUACUUCCAAUGCUCAUGAUCCCCCCUCCCGGCCCCCUAGCCCAAUGAAGCAAAUGGUUUAUAGCCUUUCGGAAGGAGAAACCUAUACAAACGUCCAAUUACCGGUGCCUUAUGAUAGGAGGUGCUGUGGCUCCAGCCAUGGUUGGUUGGCCACAGCACACGAGAAUUUCGCCAUAACUCUUUUGAAUCCUUUCAGAAAAGCAGCGGCCAUUCAUUUGCCUCCCUUGACAACCCCACAUAAUCUCCGAGACUACCAAUUUGGGUUACAGAAGUUCCAGGAUCAGUUGAAGAAGCGCUACGACUAUUAUGUCUGUAAGGUUAUAUUAUCUGCUGACCCGUCUUUGAAUCCGCAUAAUUAUGUGGUUGUGGCAACCUACGACUAUUGUUGCAGGUUGGCUUUCAUUAAAGCAGGACAAAGAGAUUGGACUUAUGUCGAGAAAACAUAUAUGUUUUCUGAUGCUAUUUUUCACAGAAAUGAAAUUUAUGCAGUUGGACUAGGGGGAAUAAUUGCGUCAGUUGAUGUCAAUAGUAGUAAUGAUCCUUCGCGGCCGCCAAAAGCAAUUCCACUUACACGUUUACGACCAAUGGAACACCCUCUGUUCCCAUACAAAGCAGAUAAGGCAUAUCUUGUUGAAUCAACCAAUGGAGACUUGCUGCAUGUUCGAAGGUUUUUGAAACGAAAGGAAGGUCUUGAUCAAAAGCUGGGGGUUAUCAAUUUUGUGGUAUACAAGGUGUUAUUCAUCGACAACGAUGGGACCUUUGUGAGGCAGGAUCUGAUAGACAGCAUUGGGGAUGAUGCUUUGUUCUUGGGUGAUAAUCAUUCAAUAUCUGUUUCGGCUUCAAAUUUUCCUAGGUGCCAACCAAAUUCCAUCUACUUCACAAAUGACAUUAUGAAGGGUGGUAUGGGUAUCUUCAAUUUAGCAGACAAGACCGCCACACAACACUACCCUCUAAAUCCCAGUGAGAGGUACAUCCGACCCGCUAUAUGGAUUGUGCCACCGUUCAAUGGUCUUCGCUAGCUUCUUCUCACAUGUUGGAAUCUUGCAGUCUUCCAUUGCUACUUGCAGUUGUAUGAUAUGAAUAAUUAUCUUUUUUGGCCAAAUAAUAAUUAUCAUUAUCAGUGGCAACUUCUAUAUGCCCGUUCAACGUAUUUUGUAGUGAGUAUUGAUUCUACAAAAUUUCCAUACCAUGUUGAUUGAUGCUAUAUAUGCAUCUGUUUUCUGGCCACGAUAGAAACUAAAGUGCAGAACCCAAAAAAAAAAAAAAAACUCCUAGAGUGGUUUAAGGCGCCGAGUCUAUGCGUGUUAAUCUCUAGAAAGCGUUCUUGUGCCAGAAGGAAGCCUAUAUUAUUAGUUUUUCAAUAUUACUGUAUUUCUUUGUUCCCGGGGACUUUGAUUAAUUAUUGCAUUUCCUCAAUUCUUUACAAAUUUCUUUAAUUGUUGUCCUGUCGAUUUCCAAUACUUGUUUCUGCUGGAAAGAGUGGGAGACUGCAUUUGUGGGUUAUGGAUUCAACAUGGAGUGCACAAAUGGAAUAUAUUGCUGUGCUUGUGCCAUCUGAAGAUUGCAUCUCCCCUGGCUUAGUGGAGUUGAAGAGAAUUCGAAAUUGAACUCAUCUAAUUGUCGGCCAUAGUGGUUACGGGAUAUUUUUGAACACAUCUUUGUGUCAAGAUUCUUUGCGCCAAGUGCUUCAAUUUUUCAAUUUUUUCCUUGUCAGUUUGUUUGCUUGGCAAAUGAAUUUCCCUGCUUCUGGCCACUUUGAUGUGGAGGAACAUGUCAAUCAAAUGAUGGCUUCAACUUCGAAGAAACAAUAUUUGUCUGAAGCGGAAGAUGUUGCUGCGUGUCUUCUUGUUUCAUCUUCUGAUUCUGAUGCUCAACAAGAUUAUUAAUGUGGCAAUUGCCACCCAAAUCCGGUCGGACGGUGGAGGCUUGCUCUAAUGGUGAAAAAUAUGGUCCUUCACAGCUGUCCUUGGUUUCAAGCAAACAAGGUAGCAUAGCUGAUUUCCCCUUUUUGAAAAUCAUGUCCUUCACAGCUGUGACGUUCCAUGGCUAUAGUUUCUUCCCUGUACUAUGGGAGUCCUCUUCCAUCGAGUACUUGUCAUUAACUGCAUGUUCUUUUGAGAUCCAUGGCUAUAGUUACGUUGAAAGUUCGAGUCUCAAGUGCCUGGAAGUUAAGUAUUGUCAUGGGCUUAAGUUUAUUAUUGUUCACGAAGCUAUGAAUCUCGAGUCUCUUACAUUUGUUUCACCGCCACCACCAUAUUCAAAAUGUACAAGGGUGACGGUGAAUAAUACCCCCAACUUGAGAAAGAUCGAUAUUUGUGUUGAUGAACUCGGGGAAUUAUAUUUAUGGCAAUGCCAUCGUGCACUAAAGGCCACCAUCAAUACCCAAAAUCUCAAUCAAUUCAGAUUCUAUGGUUCAUUGGAAGCCCAAGUUUCUGUUAAAGCAUGUUGGAAAUCCGUAAUUUCAGUUUCGGAACUUUGGGAUGAAGAAUGGUUCUGUUCAAACUUGACAAAUUUGUCUACUCUGAUGGACUUCCUUAAAGGAUUUGGCUGCUGCAAGAAGGUGUGGCUGUGUACACGUGAUUUUAAAGCUCUCAUCUUUCCAGAAACUUUUAGGAAGACCACCGGCACCCUCGCUACACCGUUGCCUAAAAGUUGCAUUCUGAACGUGGCAAUGCUGAAUCCUCCAACAGCGCGCAGUAGAGACUACUGGGACUUGAAGGACUCCAUGAAUUGGAUUGCACGUUCUGCACGGAUUGUUAGAGAUAAUCCCCGAUGGCUCGUUACGUACUUGGAAGAAGGCGGAAAGCAAGCAAACUCGGCCUAGACAAGAUGGAUCAUGCAUGACAAUGAUGUUGGUGUACAUUUCAAGCCUCCAUCAUUCUUGGGUUUCUUUUCUUUUUAGUUCGUAGCUUGGGAAUUUAGAUAGUUACAUUUUCUCUUCAAUAGAGCUCUUCAUGCAUGAAAUUUCAAGUAAACAGUGAAGAACUCUAUUUUCUUUUGUUUUUGUUUUUAUCAUGGUUCUGUUCUUUCUUUUCAGCACGAAAGAUGAAUGAAUUAGCAUAUUAUGAUGUGAUUGAUGUCAACAGUUUCUCUAAAUAAAGACAAUACAAGAUCAGAGAUAUAAAGUUA